AUGCCUGAUCCAGGAAUGUUCAUCAAUCAACAAAUGUAUGCUCAACCACAAUAUCCAGUAAUUUACCAACCAUCCGGGAUAAUGAUGCAGCAAGAUACGACGACGGCGCAAUUCGAAUUAGUGUUUGCUGCGCCACAAUUUGUGGAAACCACGGUUUGGCAUUCUACUACCUACGCAGUGAGCUAUCAACAAACGUCAUCACAAUAUUACCAACAAUUUGCAAAUCCAUCUUUCCUACCAACACAGCAAAUUGUUCCAUCACAUGAGGAUUUG